CCCAGGGGUUAGGGUUAGGGCAAAGUUCACUGUGGGCAAUACAAGGCAUAGAUCCUGGGGCUCGAUCGGUCGAUCAGGCAAGAAAUUCGAGCUUGUAAGCGUUGAUCUGGUGGCGGUGCGUUGGUCCGAGCUUGCUAGAUGUGGUUUGAGGCGGAUUUUUUCUUUUGUAGCCUUGAGGAUCACUGUAGAGGUCAUGACCGGCAUUUCCUUCCUCGAAGAUUUUAUAGGAAGCACAGCAUCGCUACCAGCGGAGCUCCAACAAAACUAUUCGCUUAUUCGGCAGCUCGAUGAGCAACAAAAUGAGCUUCAAAGACAAAUGCAUGGAUGCUGUGCUCACGGCCUGGAAGAUGUCAAGCAAGUUUUAAAAGCUGGAGGAGCCGCCGCGGAAGCUGUGGCGAACAAAUACGCAAGCAGCAUUGCCUCGGUGCACAAGACCUGUGUGGAUGUCGCAAACGAGAAAGUAGCACUCGCUCUUUCAACGUAUGACAUGGUCGACAAUUACAUCCAGCGGCUUGACAAGUAUCUCAAAAAGUACAAGGAAGACUGUGAGCAAGCAAAGGAUUUGCAAGGAGGAGACGAACAACAAGCGGAUGUUGGAGCUACAGGGGAGGACGAUCGACAAAAUCCCAGCACAGAUCUCGACAUACCUGUCGAUCCAAACGAGCCAACGUAUUGCCUCUGUAACCAAGUCUCAUACGGAGAGAUGAUCGCUUGCGACAACCCGGACUGUAAAAUCGAGUGGUUUCACUUUGAGUGCGCAGGAGUUCGCGAGCGGCCUAAAGGCAAGUGGUACUGCCCGGACUGCUCGCAAAUGAAGCGCCGCCGAGCAAGAUAGAUCACAGUCUGGAGGCUGUUUUCUAUAUUUUACAGCGCCACGAUUUGAUCAAUCAAAAGAUUGCACAACAAAAUCUUGACUUCA